AAUACAUUGAUGCUCUACAGUACCAGAAAUUUAUUCUCCUUUAUCCAUCCUAAGAACCUAUCUGCCUUCACCACCAAAUUGCCCGUGAGGUUAUAUACAUCGGUUGACGGGGCUUCAGUAUGAGCAAGCUGCCUAUUCCAGCUCCGCUUCAAACAAAAGAAAACAAUUGGGAUACAGGCGACACACAUCGACACGCGAUGAAUUUACCACCUCUACCACAAGAAGAUGGAAUUCCUUCUAUUCCAAGGUCAGCCGCUCUUCCAAAUCUAUCUACUAGACUUACUCCCUAUUCUAGCAAGGGUUACGUAGGUUUAUCUGAAAAUGAUUCACGGACACUGGAAGUGUUGAACAGUAUUUCGAUUACAGUCGGUUCUAUAAUCAAUCAAAUUAAUAAACUAUUUCAAAGGAGCAGAGAUAAUGCCUCUUUUCUCCAAGAACUGCAUUCAGUAGUGAGGAAAUUGUCAGAUACCUCCUUUCAAAAAGUGGAAUCUCAAAAGUCCGUCCAAGAUCUUCAUAAUCUUUUAGAAACACAACUUUCCUCACAAAAUAAUCAAGUUUCACAACUUGUUAAAGACAUGAACAAAGGCACAAGUUUGGAAAUCCGAAAGGAGUUAGGGGUUUGCCUUGCCCAUCUAAAAAAGGGUGCUCUUGACAUCGAUCAGGCUCUCAAUACCUCUUUGCAGAAGCAGUCUGAUGCAGUUUUAUCUUUUCAAAGUACAAACAAUAACGUCAAUACGCUACAAGAAAGUUUACAACAUAUAUGUAGCAAUUUGCAGGAAGUGUUCCCUUCUCAAGAAAAAUGGAACAGUAUCAAUGCGUCUUUGCUUGAAAGAAAUACUGAACUAGAUUCCCUUACGAUGAAAAACGCCGAAUAUACAAAUCAAUUAGAUGCUAUUACCCAAAGACUGAUAAUUACCGAGGAAACUACCGAUGUACAAAGGGACCUAAUUGGUAAAAUUCAAGGUUUCCUGCUAAAUCAAGCGAACCAGGAGGAACUAAAUCAAAAACAGAGCUUGCUUUACAGCAACUGGAAAGAAGUGGUGGCUUCUCAUCAAAAUGAUUCAGAUAUGCUUCAAAAGUUUCAAACAACUUAUCAUGAACUUGAGAAACUUGUAAAUAGUUUUUCAUUUUAUGCAAACGGCGAGUUUGCCCAAAGGAUCGAGGACUUGAAAAUAGGAAACGAAAACGUUAGUACUGUUCUAAAGGAACAUACUCAAGUCCUUCUUAAUGUUCAACAGAAUAUGGGCUCUGUUACAGAAAACCGAGAUAAAGGCACCGAUUUUUCAUUAAAGCAAGAAGAAUUGAUCAUAAAGCUUCAAGCCCUUAUCGAUGGUUUGUUAUAUCCAGGUCUUUCUGAUGCGAAGGAGCUUCAGACACAAACGCUACCGACCAGAGAGACCCUUUAUGAUAUCUUAAACCUCCUUCACAGAAAAUUAUAUAUUGAGGAUCCCAAAGAUUCAGCUUCAGAAAAUCUUAAAGCCAUCACCACCGAUCUUAAUAAGUAUCUUGAAACUUUUAAAGGUGAAAUGUCAAAAAUUUCUUCGCUCUUUACUGGGACAUCUUUCUCUUCAAAGACACUAAGCCUUCUAACGGCAAAUGGCGAGCAAACACAAAAUGAUGCUAAUAAAGAGAACUGCUCUUCAGAAUUGGAUAUAUCAAAUAAAAACAAAGAAAACCUACAACUUCAUGAGCAUUUGAACUCAACGCUUACUCUUCGAAAUCAUGAACUUUUAGACAACAUUGGAAACUUGGAACUCCGAGAAUCUUCUCUACUCGACAGAGUUCACAAGCUAGAAUUAUCAUAUACACAAUUAAAUAUGGACUAUGAUAAAAUAUCGAGUCACUUAAACUCAAAACGGACCGAUGUUCAAGAGCUCGAGAACAGAAGUAUCCGGCUUGAAGAACGACUUCGAAUGCUACAAAAAUGGUCUGCUAAUUCACUCGCCCAACCUAAUAACAAUGCGUCCUCCGAGCCGAUCCCUCGUGUGACAACUCCUCCAAAUGAUCAUUUAAGCUUAAACAAUAAUAAGAAGCGUGUCCCCUAUAAUGCAGCUAGGAAUUCGGCUAAUUUAGAGGCAUUGGAUCAACGGACGUCCAAUAAAAGAUUUUCAUCAUUUUCGGGUUCCUCGAAGAUGCUAAAUCGCCCUGCAACGGCAUCACCCGAUAAAAGAAAAACGUCUUGGUCAAGACGUUUCGCAGUUGCGUUUGGUUUAAGUCCUCACUCAGAAGAAAGGAAGGAGUCAAACGUAAAAAACCUCCCAAGUAGCAAAAAGCUGUCAAGUCAUUCUAAAAACCGCAGUUUUAGCUCUAGAAUGUGAAAAGCUGCUUGCCACACGUAUUUUUCUAAUUAUAAUUAUGCUCAGUUGGUAUUGUUCUUGUGAGUGCAUUAAUCUAUCAUAUUUCUUCUAUAUUGUAUUUUAUUAGAUGGGUCCAACAGAGAAUUUUGACUAUGAAUACGCUCCUUUAUCGAAUGCGAACAAAGUUUUGGAUUUUAACUGUUGACAUUUAAUAGAUUUUUGAAUAAUUAUUUAGUUUUUUACCAAAUUUUUGCAAUAACCUGAA